GCUCCUCCCUCCUACUGACAUAACGACACUCCGCUGCUAAGGCUCGCUGCAGGGGGUUUACUUUUUUUGGGGGUCACUAGCUAAUAAAGGCUCAAUAAGAACCCGAGAAUGAGUCAUUUCAAGGAGCGUUUUGUGACUCUGCUCCAUGAGAAGAACUUUGUCACCGACCAGCUGGCAAAGCUGGAACACAAAACGGGACUGAAGAGAGAAUAUAUCACUUUGGGUGCCCUCGGUUUCGUGGGUCUCUAUCUCCUGUUUGGAUACGGAGCCUCGCUGCUCUGCAACCUCAUUGGCUUUGUCUAUCCAGCGUAUUUCUCUAUUAAAGCCAUCGAGAGCACAGUGAAGGAGGACGACACGCAGUGGCUCACCUACUGGGUUGUAUACGGACUCUUCAGCAUUGUAGAAGCCUUUUCUGACAUCUUCCUCUUCUGGUUCCCCUUUUACUAUGCCGGAAAGUGCGUGUUCCUCAUCUGGUGCAUGUCUCCGGUGACGUGGAACGGCUCCGACAUCUUGUACAAGCACGUCAUCCGGCCCUUCUUCCUGAAGCACCAGGCUGCCAUGGACAGCGUGGUGAGCGACCUGAGCGCCAAGGCCAAGAGCGUGUCCGAGAGCAUCAGAAAGGAGGGUGAGAUACCGACAGUGUACAUCUGUUAAUCAGGCUCUCAACCAUGACAAGGACCAGUGAAGAACAUGGGAAGGUCGUGUGUGUGUGUGUGUGUGUGUGUGUGUGUGUGUGUGUGUGUGUGUGUGUGAGAGCGUAUGUGUCAAACAAAGUGAGUAAGUGUAUGUUUUUUUGUGUUGUUUUUUUGUUUUACGUCUUCUGCCGUGGAACUGAAUCGGUACGAUUGGUACAAAUGAAGUCGGUCAUCAUGUGUACGGUACAUGGUUUCCUGAGCCAUUUCAGACGGGAAUCCCGUCACAUUUCAUCAUCUCGCAUCAUCCUGUCGGCGUCUUUUUCUUCUGAACAUCAUGAACUAGUACAUGCAGCAGAAUUUAAGCUCACUUUUCAAAGGAAAAAAAGUCCUAGUGUGCCAAAGGUCUUUCCAAUAUGUCUUAAUAUAUAUCUUCUCAUAAUGAAGACACAAUAAAGUGCACCCUUGAUAAUGCGUGUAGGCUUCAUAUUUCAAUUUUAACCAAGGUGUGGCUUUUUUUGUUUGUUUCUUUGACUGAAGCAGCAGCAGGAGGAAAACCCUUUGCGACCCGUCACCCCUGAGAGCACAUUUAUGGCCAUUCAGACAGCCUAACCGCCCAGACUUUAAUUUGUGUUUGGCUUUGUUCACGCUUGAGAGGCCCUGAAUGGGAUGCCCUUUGUGUUAGGGACACUGCAGAGGAAAUGGUGGACCAAGACCACACGCACACACACACAACAGCACCAAUGUGCAAAUGUCUGCUAUGUGCAAGAGGCGUCUGCCGUCACUUUCUUGUCUAUUUUCCCUGCUUGGCUUUUGGUCCACGCAACAGGUUGUCCAUUAGGCACAAAUGAGACACAGAAAGCAAUUACAAAGCAUGUGUUGUGCUGUGGGGUUGAUAUCCAAGUCCUUGAAGCAGCAGAGGAAGAGCUCAGAAUAAACCUCUGAAACUUAAAUUUAAAAAAAACAAACUCUGACUGUACAUACAUGGACGGGAAAAAAAAAGAUGUUUAAUUAGUUUAGACUCAUUUCAGAAUAAUAAUGCUAAUUUGGGGAUUUUCAUGACGAUACCUACUGUUUAUGCACCAAUUUUUACAUUUUUGCCAGACUAUAUUUUUCAGCAUAAAAAUCCCUUAAAUCAUAAACUUCUUCCACCCAGGGCCCCUUACACAACAAUCUAAGGAUGUGUUAGUAUUUUUAUAUGUAUUUUAGAAUUUUGUAAAAAUUAAAUAAAAAGUUAUAUGAAUAUACAUAGCUUUGUGUUGUUAUUAAUUUCUAAAUUUUUUCUCUUUUAAUUUUGCUUGUUUGCUUUUUUUUUUUUUAUUCUAGAUUGUGCCACGGACUGCACUUUGGUCACCGCAUUCUAAUAAGUCUCUGUUUGAAAUGAAUUUGCCUUCUGACAGUGCUUUUUCUUUCUUUUUCACAUAGAAUUAUUUUUAUUGGAAAACUUAGGUUUCAAACAUUAAUGCAACUCUUCUGCAGUUUUUCCUUAUGUGUCACAAAUAUUUUCAGAAUCGUAUUUUAUAUUCAUGUUAUAUUUUCAUAAGAAAAAAUGUACCAAAAAGUAUUUAAAAAGAUCAAUUAUUUGCUAAACCGCCCUAUACAAAAAAUUGUAAUUUUUCAUGAAAAAAAAUACGUACGGUAAGUGAAAAUAAACAACUGCUUUGCAUUCACUAACCAAGGUGUUUUGUAGUACUUGGGCUCAUCGGCAGAGGGCGACAAACUCACGGCUGCUGCCGCUACUGCUGGUGGUGAGUCAUGCAUUGGUCAACAUACUGUUUGUACAGAUACUGUAUGCACUAUAUAUAUAUAUAUAUAUAUAUAUAUAUAUAUACACACACACACACACACGUCAUGUCUUUCUAAUUGCAUCCAGGCCUGUCUCAUCUACAAUUUCACAUAUAUUACAACAGUCUUCAAGUUUAGGGUUGACAUGGGGUACAAACUCACGACGUUAUCUAAUCCUUGAGCUGGCAUAAUAUCCCCUCACACCCACUACUGCCAUCCUCCUGUUUAUACCCAACUCUUGUGUUUCUGUGUGUGUGCGCGCGCACGCGCUCGUGUGUGUGAUUUCUGUCGCCUUAGCAUGUGUGUGUCCCCCCUCUCCGUGGUACUGAAAGGUCGCUGUCGGUGGUGCUGAUUCGACACUAAACCGACCGGAAGUGAUUACCAGCAUCAGUUCAAAAGCUGCCCUUGCUCCAUUUUUUUUCAGAAUGUCUGAAUUUUUCUCCAGCCCACUAAAACGUCAUUUGAUUUUUUUUGUUUUGACGCGAUUCUCCCUGGUUUUUCAUUGUAACUAUUUCUAGCCCCAUAUGUAUGGUGGGAUUGUUGCGCCGCAUACGCCGCUGCUGCUGAGGCUGGACGCAGUAAGACAGUCAUUUGAAACUUCUUCAAAGAUCCUGAAGGUUAUGGAACAUAAAAGUCAAGUUGUCCACCCAAGUCUGAAUGCAGAUGGCUGGGCCCUGAGCCGGAGGAUCCCAUUGGCUGUCCGUCAAGAUACGGGACCAUCCUCGGCCCAGAUGAAGGUUGUUACCGGUGCCGAGUGCAGUCCAAUAGCCAUCAGACACCAUCUGCCAGAGAAGGCUUUUCAGAAGGAAGAAACAUCUCCAAAGGCCUCAUCUCCUUCAAUACCACAUAAUUUUAUUCUCCGCUGAGAAAAAAAAUGGAACCUUGACGAUCCUGAUGGCUUCCAACGUUACUGGCAUGACAAGGAGAGUCCACCUGAGAUGUUUUCCACACAGCACAGUGGAGGGGGCGCCAUCAUGAUCCUUCAGUGGAACAAUGGAGCUUCAGGUUGUGCAGGGGCGUCAAACGGUAGAUGGUUAUGUGGAGAUGUUGCAGGGGGCAUCUCAUGACUGAAGAUCUUCGUCUGUGUGGUAAUGAUUUGACUUUUUCAACAGGACAACGCUGCACUUCACAGAGGACUUUUUCCAGAGGAAGAAGCUAAAACUUUUGGAGCAUCCUGAGUGUUCCCCUGAUUUAAAAACCCAAUUGAGAACAUUCGGGGUUGGAAGGCAAGUGAAAUUUACAAAAAUGGACAUCAGUCCCAGACAGUGGAUGCCCUCCGUGAAGCCAUCUUCGCCACCUGGAGCAACAAUACCAUGAGCCUCCUGGAAACACUGGCAUCAAGCACGUCCAAAGCAGUUUUUGAGGUGAUUAAUAAGAAUGGCAAAGCUACUCAUUAAG